CCUUUCAUUCUUGACACGAACCUUCCAAUUAAUUUACAAAAAAGAAUAAGUUAAAAUAAGGAAAAAAAUGUUACUCCGCAAUGCAUUCACUUUCUUCUAUUCAAAACCUACCGAACAGAUAUAUAAGACUCGGGAGUAGUUAAACACGAUAUUUAACAAUACAUUUUGCCCAGGUGGAUGCUUCUGAGUCAACCCUGCGCAUCUCACGCUAAUUUUAGCCAUGGAUGCCGGUCAGGUAGCCUACACAACACACGAGAUCUCUCCAGCAGUGCCCCCAUGGCUAAACAAAGGAGACAAUGCAUGGCAAAUGACAGCAUCGACUCUGGUGGCGAUUCAGAGCAUGCCUGGACUUGUGAUCCUGUAUGCGAGUAUUGUGAAGAAGAAAUGGGCCGUGAACUCUGCCUUCAUGGCCCUUUAUGCCUUUGCUGCGGUCCUUAUUUGCUGGGUCCUUUUAUGCUACCGCAUGGCCUUUGGUGACGAACUCCUCCCUUUCUGGGGCAAGGGUGCACCGGCUCUAGGCCAAAAAUACCUUGUUGACCGAGCCAAGGUCCCUGAGAGUAGGCACAGGGUCACCAAAGAUGCCUAUGAGACCACCGAGCCUUUUUAUCCCAUGGCUACGCUAGUAUAUUUCCAAUUCACUUUUGCUGCUAUUACUCUUAUUUUGCUCGCUGGUUCUGUUCUUGGUCGCAUGAAUAUUAAGGCCUGGAUGGCUUUUGUCCCUCUAUGGCUUAUAUUCUCCUAUACUGUUGGAGCUUUUAGUCUCUGGGGCGGAGGCUUUCUCUAUCACUGGGGUGUCAUCGAUUACUCUGGCGGAUACGUUAUUCACCUCUCCUCUGGGAUCGCCGGUCUCACUGCUGCAUACUGGGUUGGACCAAGGCUAAGGAGCGACAGGGAAAGGUUUCCCCCAAACAAUGUUUUGCUGAUGCUUGCAGGUGCUGGGUUGCUCUGGAUGGGGUGGUCAGGGUUCAAUGGAGGAGCUCCAUAUGCUGCAAAUAUUGACUCUUCAAUAGCAGUACUCAACACGAAUGUUUGUGCAGCAACGAGCCUUCUUGUCUGGACAUCUCUUGAUGUUGUGUUCUUUGGGAAGCCUUCCGUGAUUGGAGCUGUUCAGGGAAUGAUGACAGGACUUGUUUGCAUCACUCCAGGAGCAGGCUUGGUGCAAUCUUGGGCUGCUAUAGUCAUGGGAAUGCUUUCUGGCAGUAUUCCAUGGGUAUCCAUGAUGAUCCUUCACAAGAAAUGCAGUUGGCUACAAAAGAUAGAUGAUACUCUUGGUGUUUUUCACACGCACGCGGUGGCUGGCCUGUUGGGCGGCCUUCUCACUGGCCUAUUGGCAGAACCAGACCUCUGCAAGCUCAUACUACCAAUCAACACAAGGGGUGCAUUUUAUGGUGGGAAUGGAGGGAUUCAAUUCGUGAAGCAAAUAGUUGCAGCCUUGUUUGUUAUUGCUUGGAAUGUAGCGUCCACAACCAUAAUUCUUCUAGUAAUAAGGCUGUUUAUACCUUUAAGAAUGCCCGAUGACCAGCUCGAGAUUGGAGACGAUGCCGUCCACGGAGAAGAAGCAUAUGCUCUCUGGGGUGAUGGAGAAAAAUAUGACCCAACAAAGCAUGGUUGGCAUGCGUCAUCGUACUCAGAGGUGACAGCACCUUCACCUUACGUGAAUGGUGCAAGAGGAGUAACCAUCAGUCUGUAACUGCAUGCAAACAUUAACAAAAUAUAGAAAUAUUUGCUGUAAAUAUGAUUUUCCUGGUGUGAGAUUGCUUGAUGGGAGGUAAUAUAGUAUAUCAGAGGUAGGGGUUCUCACUUCUGAGCUCCAGGCCUCUUGAAUUUUGAGAAUGGAGACCAUUGUAAGUGUAGUCUGCUUGUAUUAUGUACCCUUCAGAGGGGAUCUGAUUGGCACUGUUUUAAUCUCAGCGAUGUUCCUUUGUCUUUGUGUGUUUAAUUAGUUGAAUUACUUUAAGGCGUUUGUUGAAGUUUGUAAUAAGUAAGCUAUCAUUUGCGAAUGUUCAACCAAAAUUUUGUAACGAACCUAUGGAUUCUGGAAGCAUAUCUAGUAUCUAUCGGCUGACACCUUUAUUCGAAGCAAAUGAUUUUACAAUUAAGAUUGAAUUAUUAUAAAAUGAAAAGAAGCGGUAAAACGGGUGAUGAUUUCUUUAAUUAAAACAACAGGUAACAUCAGGCCUAGCAAAGACUUUAACGAGCAAAUGUCAAGCGGGCUCUAUCUGCAGAAUCCAUGA